UGUAGAAUUGAAAAUAGCCUCACAUUUACUCUUCCUCGUGUGGAUUUAAACCUUUAUGAGUUUCUUAAUCCUGUUGAACACAAAAGUAGAUAUUAAAAAAAAAAAAACGCUACUGGCUUACUGUGUUCCACAAUAAAGGAAAGUUUCAAACCACAUGACGGAGAGUAAAUGGUAAGUUCAUUUUAAUAUUUGGGUGAAAACAUUCAUUUCUUGCUUGUCGCUUUGAGUCUUCAUACUAAAGCUAACUUCUUUUUAUUUUAGAUCUGAUGGUGCUGAAAGAAGAGACUCAUCAACAGAAUGAAAUAGAUGAGAAGCAGCAGUUUGAGAAACCCCAAGAAAUAACGACUGAUAAAAAACCCACACUGACUAAAAAGACUUCACACGGAAGACCUUGGAAAUCCAAAUUGGGGUGUAAUUUCAGCUGUAAACAGUGUAGAAAGAGUUUCAGUCAGAAGUCAAACCUUGAUGUUCACAUGAGAGUUCACACUAGGGAGCAACCUUUCACCUGCGAACAGUGUGGAAAGAGUUUUGGUCAAAAACAAAGCUUUAAAGCUCACAUGAGAAUUCACACUAGAGAGAAGCCAUACACAUGCCAACAGUGUGAAAAAAGCUUUUAUCAUGCUGGACACUUUGCAGCACACAUGAGAAUUCACACUGGGGAGAAGCCUUUCAGCUGUAAACAGUGUGGAAAGAGUUUCAGUCAAAAGCCAAACCUUGAUGUUCACAUGAGAGUUCACACAGGGGAGAAACCUUACACCUGCGAACAGUGUGGAAAGAGUUUUAAUCAAAAACAAAGCUUUAAAACCCACAUGAGAAUUCACACUGGAGAGAGGCCGUACACAUGCCAACAGUGUGGAAAAAGCUUCCGCCAUGCAAGAAACUUGGAUGUGUACAUGAGAAUUCACACUGGAGAGAAGCCUUUCAGCUGUAAACAGUGUAGAAAGAGUUUCAGUAAAAAACAAGACCUUUACAUCCACAUGAGGAUUCACACUGGAGAGAAACCUUACACAUGCACAGAGUGUGGUAAAAGUUUCCCACAUAAAAACACACUCAAUCACCACAUGAGAACACACACCGGAGAGAAGCCGUUUACAUGUGAUCAGUGUGGAAAGAGCUUCACAACCAAAUUUAGCCUCAAGAACCACAUGAAUGGUCACACUGGAACCAUAGUGUUCACAUGUGAUCAGUGUGGAAAGAGUCUCACACGGAAAGACACCAUUAAGCAACACAUGAAGACUCACUCAAGAGAGGAUCGAUUUAGAUGCAGUGAGUGUGGAAAGGGCUUUAAAAGUAAAAGAAGCCUCAACACUCACAUGAAGCUUCACAAUGGAGAGCAGAGUCCUCAACAUUGAGGCCUUGUCCACACAAACACAGGUAUAUUUAAAACGGCAGCUUGUUCAUGUAGUUUGUCUGUUCAUUCAAGUGAAGAUUAUUUAUAAACUACUUUCGAGAGGAUCACAUGCUUAUGAUUGUCAACGGCUGGUCCUGCUUUAGCUAAAACAUGAUUCACCAAUCAGAUGAUUCCUGACUCACUAUAGAUAACCAGAACACAAAGCUGCGGUCACACUGGACUUUGAGAUUGUGAAAUUCUGCCAUACGGCGCUGUGGAAAGGGGCGGGAUCAAACAAGAUUUUUAGAAAUUAAAAAAGUGAGCAAUUGCUCCAUGGUUUAAAUUUCUGUCCAGAGAGGUCAUGUUUUGAUCCUCGAUUGGUCUCACGCAGUCAAGUGAUGCGAUUUCGCAGGUCAGAGUUCACCAAGCAUGAACUUUGCACCUCAGCAACCGGUGAAACUUGACGCAUGACCCUGUUUCUAGUCUGACGCAUUCGUGUGCGUAUGAAUGGAAGUCUAUGGGAGGAAAAGCCCAGUGUGACCGUAGCUUAACUCAGUUAUCCUUGUCUUGAAGAAACCCUCUCCCACCCUUACUUCCCCCCCUUUCUAGAUUGGGCAACACAGCAGCCAAUGAUUAGACAGUGGUUAGCACAGUUGCCUCACAGUAAGAAUAUCGCAGGUUAAAGUCGCUGCUAACCAGUUGACUUUUUGUGCAGAGUUUGCUCAUUCUCCCUGUGCUCGCGUGGAUUUCCCCUGGUUUUCUCCCACAGUCCAAAAACACACAACCUAAGUAAACUGAACAUUAAAUUGGCACCAUAGUCGAGCUCUU